CUUCUCUUUCACAUAUCUUUCAACAUGUCCAAGAAGGUCAAGUCCACCCCUAAGGUUCAGGAGAACAUCUCGCUCGGCCCUCAGGUCCGCGGUGAUGAGGAGGUUUUCGGUGUUGCCCACAUCUUCGCCUCCUUCAACGAUACCUUCGUCCACGUUACCGAUUUGACCGGCCGUGAAACCAUCUCCCGUGUUACCGGAGGCAUGAAGGUCAAGGCCGAUCGUGAUGAGGCUUCCCCUUACGCCGCUAUGUUGGCUGCCCAGGAUGUCGCUGCCAAGUGCAAGGAGGUCGGUGUCACUGCCCUCCACAUCAAGCUCCGUGCCACCGGUGGUAACCGCUCCAAGACCCCCGGUCCCGGUGCCCAGUCUGCUCUCCGUGCCUUGGCCCGUGCCGGCAUGAAGAUUGGCCGCAUUGAGGAUGUUACCCCCACCCCCACCGACUCUACCCGCAAAAAGGGUGGUCGUCGUGGUCGUCGUCUGUAAAAAAGUUGUUUCGAUCGGAUAUCAGGAUAUGUUCAGGAUCAUCCACUUCUGGACUGUAUACUUUUGAUCAGGAGCAAUUUUUUAUUGGCAAAAAUAAAAGCAACCAUGUUCUUUUUGGGACCUUUUGGAUAUCAACGGGGUUUGAUUUGUAACUCUUUGUGCGUCGCGUCGAAUUUUCUUAACGGUUCAUGAAUACGCGAUAUAGGGGAUAUGGUGCAUACGCAAGCUGGUAUGGUGGCCUCUGUCAAGGACCAAUUUUUGUCGAAUGUUAGUCUAAAAGACGACUUGCUCUGUUCUCGUCGAAAGUUCGCUGUGCUGUAAUUUUUAAAUGGUUUUUUUCCUGCCUGGUCCUUUUGAGGAUGCUUCGUUGUGUGUGUCUCUGCAGCCGCUGCUCUUCAAUUCCAUCCACAGCAAAUUGAAAAACCUUGGUUCAAAAUAAACAUGCAC